AUGUUUGCAAACAUUGGUGGAUUGAUUGAUUUAUCACCAUUGACUCUACCAAAUGGUGGUUAUUAUGCUGGAUCAUUCUUUGAUUAUCCACCAAAAUCAUUCUCACUACUUUUCAAUAUUUGUGGAUAUGCAACGAGAUGUAAUUCCUUAGGUAAUAAUACUAAAAACACCAACGCAGAAAGUUGUGCAUUUUAUCAAAAUGAUGACACUGCUCCACCAAUGGGUUAUAUUGACAAAAGUGAACUGUUUGAAAUUAAAAACGGUGUUUCAUUAUCAUAUUAUGGUGGUAAAAAUGGUACAGCUCAAUUUAAAAUUUAUUGUGACCCACGCCACAUCAUUGAACAUCUAUGA